AUGCAUUUGAGCAUGAAAUAUGUUAAGUUACUGCACUGUAAACAUGUUUAAAAUUGCAGUUUCAUCCUAUCUGGUUAAGUGCACGCUCCUAUAUGUGGCCCUGUGGUAGUGAACAUGAAAAAUUGUGGCCCCCUCCAGCAUUUAAUUUGCCCAUCCCUGGUCUCUAUGACUCAAUACUUGGUUGGGACUAUUUGACUUGAACUGCUGGAAAUGGAUUUUUCCAUGGUUUCCUUAUGUAUUGAGAUGCACCUGUACUCAUAUGUCGUGGCGGAUGUAGAAAGUUCCCAUAAUUCGAUGUGUGCCCGAACGCAACACAGGUGUGUGCACGUGCGUCAGCUCCUGGAUAAUGAGAUGCAGCAACAUGUCACCUUGUGACUUCCUCGCGAUGUGUGGAUAUUAAUGAGCACAAUUUCAGACUCCACUGUGAUAGUUAUUUUUAGGACUUUAACUAAAGUUUCCCUCGUUUCGUUAUUUAGUGUUUUUAAUGAGUUGUUAUGCGACACAUUGCGGGUUUCCAUGACUCAGCACAUCUUUGGCAUUUCAACGACGUGUCGUUGAAAAUUCAUAUUUAUGCCACUUGGUCCAGGUGCAGAAAACGACACAGUAAAGCCAGUUUACUGUUUGAACAUAGCGUGUCAAAAUGUCUGCCUGGAAAACAUGUGAAGAAAGGCCAUCCUCGGGGCCAGGUGGAGAAAUGUAUGAGCUCCAUGCAGACGGGGACCCAGAUGGUGAAGCUCCGUGGAGGCUCCAAGGGACUGGUGCGGUUCUUCUUUCUGGACGAACACAAGUCCUGCAUCCGCUGGAGGCCCUCGCGCAAGAAUGAAAAGGCCAAGAUCUCUAUUGACUCCGUCCGGGAGGUGCGUGAGGGCAAGCAGUCUGAGAUCUUCCAGCGCUAUGCAGAGGGCAGCUUCGACCCCAACUGCUGCUUCAGCCUAUACUACGGCGAGCAUAUGGAGUCUCUGGACCUGGUGUCUGGCACUGGAGAGGAUGCACGGACCUGGAUCACAGGUCUCAAGUAUCUGAUGGCAGGCAUCAGUGAUGAGGACAGCCUGGCCAAGAGGCAGCGCACCCGAGACCAAUGGCUGAAGCACACAUUUACCGAAGCAGACAAGAACGGAGACGGCAGCUUAAGCAUCAGUGAAGUACUGCAGCUCCUGCACAAACUCAACGUCAACCUGCCUCGGCAGAAGGUCAAGCAGAUGUUCAAGGAGGCAGACACGGAUGACAACCAGGGGACGCUGGGCUUUGAGGAGUUCUGCUCCUUCUACAAGAUGAUGUCGACUCGUCAGGAUCUUUACCUCCUCAUGCUCACCUACAGCAACCACAAAGACCACCUCGACACAGAUGACCUGGCCCGCUUCCUGGAGACUGAGCAAAAGAUGACCAAGGUGACCAAGGACCAUUGCCUGGAGAUUAUCAACAAAUUUGAGCCGUGCUCUGAGAACCAGAAGCAGGGAGUUUUGGGAAUUGAUGGUUUUACCAACUACAUGCGGAGCCCAGCAGGCGACAUCUUCAACCCAGAACAUUAUAACGUGAACCAGGACAUGAACCAGCCACUGUGCAACUACUUUAUAGCCUCCUCACACAACACCUACCUGAUGGGUGACCAGCUGAUGUCACAGUCCAGGGUGGACAUGUACGCAUGGGUGCUGCAGGCUGGUUGUCGCUGUGUAGAAGUGGACUGUUGGGACGGUCAGGACGGGGAGCCCAUCGUCCACCACGGCUACACCCUCACCUCCAAGAUCCUGUUUAAAGACGUCAUUGAGACCAUCAACAAGUACGCCUUCAUCAAGAACGACUACCCAAUCAUCCUGUCCAUUGAGAACCACUGCAGUGUUCCUCAGCAAAAGAAGAUGGCUCUGUACCUGAUUGAGAUCCUUGGGGACAAACUGGAUCUGUCCAACAUCAAAGCCGACGAGUCUGGACGGCUGCCGUCGCCAGAAACACUCAAGGGCAAGAUCCUCGUCAAGGGAAAGAAACUGCCUCCCAACAUCGAUGAGAACGCAGAAGAGGGAGACGUGUCGGACGAGGACAGUGCUGAUGAGAUGGAGGAGGACUGCAAGCUGAUGAAUGGAGAUACAUCAGCCAACAGGAAGCAGGUGGAGAACAUGGCCAAAAAAAAGCUGGACAACCUGAUGAAGGAGUCCAAGAUUCGAGACAGAGAAGACCCAGACAGCUUCACCAUUGCAGCCCUCCCUCCUGCCGGGAAGCCUGCUGACAAAACUGGCUCCAAGGGUAAAAGUGAGGAUGGGAUGGACAUGGCAGACGAGGCAAACCCCAGCAGCAACAAGCGGACUGGGCGCUCCUUCAUGGGGAGCUUCUCUAAACGCAAGAAAAAGACAAGCAAGUUGAAGAAGGCAUCGAGCUUUGAAGACACCGAUACAGACCAAGAGAGUACAAGCAGCACCUCCCGUGCCCCCUUACACCACAGCAAAAAGAAGAAGACCAUGAAGUUAUCCAGAGCUCUGUCUGACCUGGUCAAAUACACUCGCUCUGUGGGUCUCUAUGAUAUUGAGGCACAAGCCAACUGCAGCUGGCAGGUGUCCUCCCUCAGUGAGACCAAGGCCCACCAGGUGAUGCAGCAGAAAGCUGCGUCCUUCAUCCAGUUCAACCAACGACAGCUCUCCCGUAUCUACCCGUCCUCUUACCGCGUCGACUCCUCCAACUUCAACCCCCAGCCCUUCUGGAGUGCUGGCUGCCAGCUUGUUGCACUCAACUACCAGUCAGAGGGCCGGGUCCUCCAGCUCAACAGAGCCAAGUUCUACAGCAACGGCAACUGUGGCUACAUCCUCAAGCCUGCCUGCAUGUCUGAAGGUGCCUUUAACCCCAACCUGGAGGAUCCGCUGCCAGGUCAGAUGAAGAAGCAGCUGGUGUUGAAGAUCAUCAGUGGACAACAGCUGCCUAAACCCAAAGACUCAAUGCUAGGAGACAGGGGCGAGAUCAUUGAUCCCUUUGUGGAGGUGGAGAUCAUCGGCAUCCCAGUGGACUGUUGCAAAGAGCAGACCAGGGUGGUGGAUGAUAACGGGUUCAACCCAAUGUGGGAGGAGACUCUGGUUUUCACAGUCCACAUGCCGGAGCUUACUCUGGUGCGUUUUCUUGUGUGGGAUCAUGACCCCAUCGGCCAGGAUUUCAUCGGUCAACGCACCAUCGCCUUCAACAGUAUGAUUCCAGGUUAUCGCCAUGUGUACUUGGAAGGUAUGGAGGAGUCUUCCAUCUUUGUUCACAUAGCUGUGAAUGACAUCACUGGUAAGGCCAGAGCAGUCAGCGGCAUAAAAGGGCUGUUUCACAGAAACCCAAAGCAGGCUUCCCUGGACAGCCAUGCUGCUGUAGAGCCGAGCCGUAAGCACCCGUUCGGUGCCCACCUCCUGCGCCGCACAGCCAGUGCACCCACCAAAGGCCAGCCCAAAAUGAGGAAGGGCUUCCCAGAGAUUGACACCAAAGACUACAGCUCAGAGGGCGCUAGUGAAGAAAGAGAGUCCGAGGACAGGGACAAGGCCUCUGCUGCCACCUCUCAUCAACCCACGCCACCACCAAACCGCAACAGGGAAUCACUGGCAUCCCACCAAGCCAAGGGCCCCUGGGACCCUCCUGAAACCAACGGGGCUGUGCACCCUGAGGAGGGUAAAGAUUGCUCCACGGUGAAGAGACCAGCUCCUCUUACACUAAACUCUGACAAUGCCGGAACCACUGUCAUCCAUUCUGUCUCCACCCCAGAAGGCGGCCAUUCUUCCUAUCACUCUUCAUCUACACGACUGCACUCACCAUCCACAGCAAUAAAUGCAGACUCCCCAUUGACAGUUACUUCAAAUGGGGUGGUAUACAGUCCUAUCAAUAGUGAAGAAGAAACCCCAUCAGUCCCUCUGACAAACCCUGCUGAGAAACUACCAUUUCAGCAUAGUCAAGACAUCACAAAAAACACUUGUUUAUUCAUCAAGCACACUUCCAACCAGAGAGAAACAGAAACUCUGACAGAAAAGAAAAUCCAUAGAGCAGAGUUUAAGUCUGACCACAGGGUGGACCUCCCAGCAGCAGUGUCCACUGUAACCCCUGUAGUCCCUGCAGCUCAGAUAGUCAACUCUUUUAAGCAAUCUGCCAUCACACCAGUAAGAAGAACAAAAGGUGAGAGCCAUGUGUGGGUGGCUGUAGCUUCAUCUGGGCAGGCCCAGUCAGCAGUACCUGAAGUCGGCAAGAAUACCACCCUAAAUACUGCCAUUGGAGCCAGGCAGCCUCCUCCUCCUUCUAGUAUCUCUUCCAGUGACACAGUCAUUGACCUGUCACUGGCCAGCCUGGCCUGGAAGAGCCUCACCAGCCUGCCCACAGCCAGCAGCACCUGCCAUCUCCACUGGGUUACCUGCCGUUGCUUAGCAAUGGUCUCCUACGAUGCCCUGCGAGUCAGCAAGAGCAACCCAAAUCUUCAGCAGAAAGAGUUCCCUAAAGAUGUCCCCCCAACCCUGCAGCCUCCUCAGGAAGCCUCAAUGGAUUUCACUUGCCAGCUGACUCAAUGGACACACAUCUGUCUCUAUAUGGAUGUGUUGAAGCAAUCAUCAGCCAGCUGGCAGUCUUCUGUGACUACACCCCAAACAGUUCAAGCUUCCAGGUCCAAAAGCCUUGGGGAUCUGACCUCUGAGGAAACUUCCUGUACUUUGCAGUAUCACUGGAUCCGCAGCAGCUUCAUUGUUAAGCCAACCAAAGACCAGGACUGUAAGGGCACCCAGUGACCUCACAGAGCAAUUAUUGAUGUGGAGGCCCUGACUGCUCGCAACUUCACACCACAAAACAUGCCUAGUGAGUCACAGGAGGAGUUUGUGGAAGGGACCCUGGUGCGAAGGACCUCCUCAAGGAGCUAAAGCAGGGUGCACUACAUUGCAAACAGAGCCAAGAAGGCCCAGGAAAGGCAGAAGCUCCAGAACCCUGAACGUGCAUGUUUCCCAAAGCCCCUGAACCAGCCUAGACCUGCUGAGACGCUCACCCACCUAGAAGCCCCCUCCCCUAGACGCUCCAACUCCUCACCAGACCCUGAAAACAGGGAAGUCUUUUCCACACCAAGACUCUAACAACUGGCUCACUUGGAACCAAGUCCAGUUUUUUCUGUAGAAAUGCUUUUUUUUUUUUCUUUUUAGAAAAACACUGCAUAUCUUCCAAAAAUGACUAUUUCCACAUCUCACAGAAAACUGUGCUUCACUGAAUUAGCAAUCCAUGAACAAUACAUUCUGCAUGCUGAGGUUGUGCAAGAUCAAUAUUUCAACCUGUGCAUUCAGAAAACAUGGUCUUGAAGCUGCUAGACAGUAAUUGUUCUAAAAGCAACUAAUCAGCUCUGCAAUCGGUUAGAUAAUUGCCAGAAUGUAUUUAGUUGAAGAAACCAUUUUUUAUUAAGCUGUUUAUGUUGACUGUGAUCUACUCUCCUGUUUAUUUUUUACUUUACAUGAGCAUACAGUAGCAAUAGAUUACAACUAGAGGGCAAGAUAAUAAAGGACCCUGAAAAAGUUCUGUUACUUGAACUACUUGAAAUGCAAUGGUUUAUUUUAACUGAGUUGAAAAUUAGAAACUCCAUGUCAGCCCAUCCAUCCACUAGCAAUAUUUAGAAAAACGAUGGCAUGGUAUCUUAUUGAAUUUUGUUUGGCAGUUUGAUGCUAAAAGCUGAGGCUUUUCGCAUGUGUUUACUAAAAUAAUAUUUAUUCUUACAAUGCAGGAUAAAAUUUUAAUUAUUGUUUGUGUAGUGGUUAUAUUGUAAAUUUACCAAACUGCCAAUAUUAUCUUACCUUUCUGAUUUGUGGCAUGUAACAUCGAUGAGAUGAUGUAUUUUAAAGCAGCGGUAGACUUGUCCAGACCAAGUUUUGCCCUUUUAAGUUGAAUGCAUGUCUUUUAUGCACUGUUAUGUUUACUUUUUACUUUUUUCCAUGAAGAUAUGCUACUAUCGUCCGAUGGUGGAGCAUCAUGUCUGAAGGCCUGUGUUCUCAUUGGUCCCAGUUCCUGAUAGAAGAUGACAAUGAUCUGUAUCGAAGCACGUUUAUCCGUUGCCCUGCUGUGUUGCUUGCACUGCCGUGCCAGUUCUUUGUGCAUUCAAACAAUGUGUAAUUAUGACCUGAAUAAAUCUCAAAUUAAUAUUA